GUCCUGCACUCCCGGCCCGCACCUGCUCCGGCCAUGAUGAGCUUCGGCGGCGCGGACGCGCUGCUGGGCUCCCCGUUCGCGCCGCUGCAUGGAGGCGGCGGCUUGCACUACUCCCUGGGCCGCAAGGGCGGCUCCGGCGGGGCGCGCUCGGGGACCGGCUCAUCUAGCGGCUUCCACUCGUGGGCGCGGACGUCCGUGAGCUCCGUGUCGGCCUCGCCCAGCCGCUUCCGCGGCGUACCCGCCCUCUCGAGCACCGACUCUCUGGAAACGCUGACCAACGGGCCGGAGGGCUGCGUGGUGGCGGCGGCGGUGGCGCGCAGUGAGAAGGAGCAGCUGCAGGCUCUGAACGACCGCUUCGCGGGCUACAUCGACAAGGUGCGGCAGCUCGAGGCGCACAACCGCAGCCUGGAGGGCGAGGCGGCGGCGCUGCGGCAGCAACACGCGGGCCGCGCCGCCAUGGGCGAGCUGUACGAGCGCGAGAUGCGCGAGAUGCGCGGCGCCGUGGUCCGCCUGGGUGCGGCGCGCGGCCAGCUGCGCCUGGAGCAGGAGCACCUGCUCGAAGAUAUCGCGCACGUGCGCCAGCGCCUGGAAGACGAGGCACGGCAGCGGGAGGAGGCCGAGGCGGCGGCGCGCGCGCUCGCUCGCUUCGCGCAGGAGGCCGAGGCGGCGCGCGCCGAGCUGCAGAAGAAGGCUCAGGCUCUGCAGGAGGAGUGCGGCUACCUGCGGCGCCACCACCAGGAGGAGGUGGGCGAGCUGCUCGGCCAGAUCCAGAGCUGCGGCGCCGCGCAAGCGCAGAUAGAGGCCCGCGACGCCCUCAAGUGCGACGUGACGUCGGCGCUGCGGGAGAUCCGCGCACAGCUCGAAGGCCAUGCGGUGCAGAGCACGUUGCAGUCCGAGGAGUGGUUCCGAGUGCGGCUGGACCGACUGUCGGAGGCAGCCAAGGUGAACACAGACGCCAUGCGCACAGCACAGGAGGAGAUAAUCGAAUACCGGCGUCAGCUGCAGACUAGGACCACAGAGCUGGAGGCGCUCAAAAGCACCAAGGACUCACUGGAGCGGCAGCGCUCUGAGCUGGAGGACCGUCAUCAGGCCGACAUUGCAUCCUACCAGGAAGCCAUUCAGCAACUGGACACAGAGCUGAGGAACACCAAGUGGGAGAUGGCAGCCCAGCUCCGAGAAUACCAGGACCUGCUCAAUGUCAAGAUGGCUCUGGAUAUCGAGAUUGCCGCUUACAGAAAACUCCUGGAAGGAGAAGAGUGUCGGAUUGGCUUUGGUCCAAGUCCUUUCUUCCUUCCUGAAGGACUCCCCAAACUACCCCCCAUGUCCACCCACAUAAAGGUCAAAAGUGAAGAGAAGAUCAAGGUGGUAGAAAAGUCAGAGAAGGAAACCGUGAUUAUGCAGGAACAGACAGAGGAGAUCCAGGUAACUGAAGAAGUAACUGAAGAGGAAGAGAAAGAAGCCAAAGAGAAGGAGGGCAAGGAGGAAGAAGGAGCAGAGGAGGAAGUAGAAGGGGGAGAAGAAGAAGCAAAGUCUCCCCCAGCAGAAAAGGCUGAAUCCCCUGAGAAGGAGGUCAUUCCUGAGAAGGAAGAGGCCAAGUCUCCAACUGAGGUCAAGUCCCCAGAGAAGGCCAAGUCCCCUGUCAAGGAAGAAGCAAAAUCUCCAGCCGAGGCCAAGUCCCCUGAGAAAGCCAAGUCCCCUGUCAAGGAAGAGGCUAAGUCUCCAGCCGAGGCCAAGUCCCCUGAGAAAGCCAAGUCCCCUGUCAAGGAAGAGGCUAAGUCUCCAGCCGAGGCCAAGUCCCCUGAGAAAGCCAAGUCUCCUGUCAAGGAAGAGGCUAAGUCUCCAGCCGAGGCCAAGUCCCCUGAGAAAGCCAAGUCUCCUGUCAAGGAAGAAGCAAAAUCUCCAGCCGAGGCCAAGUCCCCUGAGAAAUCCAAGUCCCCUGAGAAAGCCAAGUCCCCUCUGAAGGAAGAAGUGAAGUCCCCAGUGGAGGUCAAGUCCCCAGAGAAGGCCAAAUCCCCAGUGGAGGCCAAGUCCCCAGAGAAGGCCAAGUCCCCAGUGGAGGCCAAGUCCCCAGAGAAGGCCAAGUCCCCAGUGAAGGAAGAAGCAAAGUCCCCUGAGAAAGCUAAGACUCUUGAUGUGAAGUCUCCAGAAACCAAGACCCCAAUAAAGGAGGAAGUAAAGUCCCCUGCAGGCACCAAGUCCCCCGAAAAGGCCAAAACCCCUGUCAAGGAGGAGGUCAAGUCUCCAGAAAAGAUCAAAUCUCCUGUGAAGGAUGAUGCCAAGGCUCCUGAGAAGGAGGCCCCAAAGAAGGAAGAGGCAAAGUCCCCCGUGAAAGAGGAGAAGCCCCAGGAGGUUAAAGUCAAAGAGCCCCCAAAGAAGGUAGAGGAAGAGAAAGCUCCAGCCACACCGAAAACUGAGGAAAAGGACAGCAAGAAAGAUGAGGCCCCCAAGAAGGAGGCCCCAAAGCCUGAGGUUGAGGAGAAGAAGGAACCUGCUGUGGAGAAGCCCAAAGAGUCCAAAGUUGAAGCCAAGAAGGAAGAGGCUGAAGAUAAGAAAAAAGCAGCCACCCCAGAGAAGGAGGCUCCAGCCAAGGUGGAGGCGAAGGAAGAGGCUAAACCCAAAGGGAAGACGGAGGUGGCCAAGAAGGAACCAGGUGAUGCCAAGGCCAAAGAACCCAGCAAACCACCAGAGAAGGAGCCGGAAAAGCCUAAAAAGGAAGAGACGCCAGCAGCACCGGAGAAAAAAGACACCAAGGAGGAGAAGGCCAGCGAGGCCAAGAAGCCUGAGGAGAAACCCAAAACAGAGGUCAAAGCCAAGGAGGAGGACAAGACCCUCCCAAAGGAGCCCAGUAAGGAGGCCCCCAAGCCCAGCAAACCCAAGACAGAAAAGGCUGAAAAAUCCUCUAGCACAGACCAGAAAGACAAGCCUCCAGAGAAGGCCACAGAGGACAAGGCUGCCAAGGCAGAGAAGUAAGUCAGGGAGAAAAGAACAUCCAGAGCAUCCAAAGAAACUCAGGAGAAUCGGGAGCUUGAGGGUCAGUGUAAUGAAUUUUCAUUUUUUCUCUUUUUUCUUUGUAUAAGAAGACCCUCUGCUUUGAGGACAGGGCCUCCUUCACCAAACCGGAAUUUCUGUUAGCAAUAUGUUAGCAAGAGAGGGGCAUCUCAGCCCCCUGCCCACCCCCACCCCAAACCCUUCCCAGGCGAUGGACAGUUAUGUUAUGAUAGCUUCUAUAGUCAAAUGUGAUAUAUGCCGAAUGCCGCCCAUAAAUACUGGACUAUAAAUACUGCCCCCCUCUUUUCCCAAUAAGUGCAUUUAUUUCCUGUAUGUGCAACUGACAGAUGACCGCAAUAAUGAAUGAGCAGUUAGAAACAUAUUAUGCUUGAGAUGUCUUAACCUAUUCCUGAAUGCCUUCUGUUUUCCAAAGGAGUGGUCAAGCCCUUGCCCAGAGCGCUCUAUCCCGGCAGAGCUGGAGCGGGUGGGGCUGGGCACUGGCCACCAAAUCACGCCAGGGCGCACUUUUCCACUGGAGUCCACUUUCAAUUGCUUCUGUGCAAUAAAACC